AUGGCGGGUGGGAUUCCCCGAUCUGCCCAGGACCCCCAGGCGAAGGUGCUCAUUAUCACGGUCCAGUGCGGGGGCAUCGGUCUCAAUCUUGUGGCUGCCAGCCAUGUCAUCCACUUCGACCGCUGCUAUAACCCUGCCAAGGAGGCGCAAGCGACGGACCGCUGCCACCGCAUGGGCCAGCAGAAGGUGGUGCUGGUCCACCGCCUCGUGAGCGAGGGCACGUACGAGGAGCGCCUGGAGGAAAUCAUGCAGCGCAAGCAGGACCUCAGCUCGCUCACGGUGACGCAGAGCGAGGAUUGGAUCGCGGAUUACGACGACCAGGCGCUGUUCGACCUAUUCAUGCUGCGUUCCACCUCGGGCGGCGCCACGCGUCGAAGCGGGGGGCGGCCGCCUGCAGAAACCCCGCGGCGCUCCUCGUUACCAAGCGUGCCAGAGUUCUCACCAUCGCCUGCUCCAUUCCCUGGCGCGCACGUCGGUAGCUUCCACGGCGGCAGCAGCAGCAGCAGCAGCAGCAGUUCGGCCGCCCCGCCGCCCGGGAAGCGCCUGAAGCUAGGCGGCAGCGAGUGCUCCAUCUGCAUGGACAAGCCGGGCACCGUCACUCUGCUGCCGUGCUCCCACGCGGGCUUCUGCCGCGGGUGCGCGUGGAAGGUCAGCACGUGCCCGAUGUGCCGCCAGCCCAUUGUGGGCCGGCGGUGA